AGCCGCUGGCUGUAAGAAAGGAAGCAUCAAGUGUCCAUACAUUCAAUACUAAUCUAAUAAUUAUUUAAAAUGAAUAACAUCGUAUUAUCAGUUGCGCUUUUGGCACUUCAGGUGUCUAUGGUCCUGGGUUGGGGGUACCGCGCCUCUGACCAACGUCGUUGGGCCGUACUCCAUCCAGCAUGUGGAGGUCGCCAACAAUCGCCUAUCGCUAUAUCAGCUCGUCAGGCAAUCCCUAUUUCGAUCCCCGCUAUGGAAUUAAUUGGAUACCAGAAUCCCCUGCCUGGUCCCUUGACUACUACUAACAAUGGUCAUUCCGUCGCUCUAGCCAUCCCGAAAUAUUCAUCCGAAGAGGAAAAGAAAGGUUUUCGCCUUCCGUACAUUUUCGGGGGUCCCCUUGACAACGAAUAUGAAAUUGAGGGUCUUCAUUUCCACUGGGGUGACAAGAACAACCGUGGUUCGGAACAUACACUCAAUGAUAUGCGUCUGCCUUUGGAAAUGCACAUUAUUCACAGAAACAAGAAAUACAGAAGUCUCGCGGAAGCUCUUCAGCACCCAGACGGUCUUUGCGUUCUUGCUUUCUUCUACCAGGUCGUGGAAUUUGACGCUAAACUUUUAACUCCCAUCGUCAAGAACUUAUCUUCUAUCGAGAACUACAACACUAGUAUGCAACUUCCACACACUUUCUCGCUCUCUUCUAUACUUUCUGGACUUGACACUGAACGUUUCUACACAUACAAAGGAUCCCUUACCACCCCACCCUGCGCUGAAGCCGUCACAUGGGUUGUAUUCUCCGACUACCUGCCGAUUUCUGUAUUCCAGAUGGACAACUUCCGUGGCCUGCUCUCCAACCUGAACUUGCCCCUUGUUGACAACUUCAGACAACUGCAACCACUAUUUGGACGUCGUAUCUUUGUUCGUAUUACUUCAAAGAACCCUAAAUUCAAGAAGACCAAGCUCCACUACUCAAAGUGGGACUGGGUUGGCCACAAGAAAGCAGAAAAUGACGUCAACGAAUUCGAUGAUUAAUUUAGCCUAUUCUUUGACAAAUCUUUAAAAUAAUUAACCCACCACCGCUCCUCGUUUUUACGGGUACUCACGAUUAUAUAUACUUCUAUGUUAUGUGAUUAAUGGUUGUGUGCACUGUGUCAUAUUAUAUAUGUGCAAUCAGUAUUAUUAAGUUAAU